AUGAAGCAGAAGACGGGCAAUAAAAGCAAUGGUAGCAUACCUCCGCUUCCUCUGCUUCCAGAAGAGAUCAUAUUGACCAUUCUAAUGCUUCUUCCAGCCAGAACUCUUCAUAAGAAGAUGAUAUAUGUUUGCAAGCAAUGGUAUAACAUCAUUCGUGACCCUAUUUUUAUUAACAAACACCUUAAACGAUCAAGAACAUGUCUGCUUAUGAAAUCUCAUCAGCUUGAGUCAAAAUCAGUCUUUAUUAUGGAGAAGGGAGAGAAGGGAUUUGGUUUUGAAGAAAUAAGGUUUCCAACUACUAAAAUAGUUCAUCCAACUAGUUGCGAUGGUCUCAUCUUAUUCAACGACAAAAAGAGAUUAAUCAACACUCUUUAUGUGUUAAAUCCUGUAACAAGACAACAUGUAAGCCUUCCUCGGCUAGAUUGGAGUCAAUUAGAAUUCGGAUUUUCUUGUUGUUUAACUAAGUCCAGUGUUGGCGGAGAUUACAAAGUGGUUUGCAGGUGGCAUGUGAGUUGCAACCUGAUGAUCGUAACUGUAGGUAAAAGCAAUGCAUGGAGAUCUAUCAGUACUAAAACUUUGCGUAGUGAUGACCAAAAGAUUUUGCUUACUGACAUGAUUGCUGUUGAUGGAUUUGUUCACUGGGUCAAUUGGUGGAAGCCUCUUCAUGUUGUUACUUUGGAGGUAGAUUCUGAAUCUUUAAGCCGAUCUCCUCUACCGGAAGAAUUGAAAAAGGACAGAUGUUUCUUCAAAACCACGGGAAACUUCCUGUCAGCAUUAACUGAGCAGCCUUGUAAUGGAUUGCUUUGGGAUGUGUGGAGGUUUUUAGAUUGUAAGAAAGGAGUGUGGACAAAACUCUAUAAUAUAAAAUUCGAACCUCAAAGGCAUAUGCCCCAUAUUGUGCUUGGUGCUAAUAAAAAAAUUCGGCUGUAUCCCAUAGGAUGGGUUGAUAAUGGGGAUGUUCUGAUAUUAGCUUGUUGGUUGGAGGAAACCCUAAAGGAUUCUAUUGCAUACAAUGUCAAAACAGGAGAGGCUACAACAAUUGUCAUGAAAUCGACAAGUUAUCUAUUCCGUAAAAUGCUAUCUGUUCAUGUUAACAGCUUGGUUAAUUUGCUUGGAAUAUAA